AUGGAGAAUACUACCUCACCCAGUGUCGACGAUCGUACCAAAGGGAAAAGCGUUGGUUCCGCAUCAGCUUCUCUACGCGCAUUGUUAUCUAGUACUGAUAACAGCCAGAGUGGCAAAACGUAUCGCGAUACCAACACAGUGGCUCUAAGCGAGCAUCAAGCUCUGGGAUUAAACGAAUACUCUUAUCAAGCUUUACAACAGGAUAUCGAAGAUUUAAGAAGGGAGAUCAAAAAUUUGAAGACGGACUGGGCGGACUCACGAAGAAGUCUCCUAAAUCGAGAUCGAGAUACGAGAGACGUAGAUGCAAGAGGCACUCCAGUAGCUUGGCAAGCUAUGAAAUUCUGGACAAAAGUUGAUCUUAUGAAAAGUGACCUAAGAAUGCAAGUCGCAAUGGAAUGGUUGAGGUUAUCUAGAGCUCAAGAUACCGAGUUGGACCGAAGAUGUACGGAUGAUCCUGAGGAUUUUCGUAAUGGUGUUUUAUCGAUGUUGGAGACUGAUCCGAAGGUUCACAAAAGAUUGGAUGAUUAUUUUGACAGCAAGGUACCAUACAAUUGGUACGCUUUGGCCACUGCGUCUGAACCUGGACUCAACUGUGAUUCUACACAGACAGCCGAUCGACCGGAUCCAUCUUCAAGGGAUGUUAAUGACUCGAGCUUAACGAUGAGCUGGACAGCAAGUGUACUCCGUAAGAUGACAAGAUCUGGCGAUAUACCGAAGAUUGUCCCGCAAUUAGAUAUCAAACUUGGCAAUAAACGUAUGACUUCAAAAGGUUAUUUUAUCGAACUUCCUCCGGUUACUUUAAUAGAUUAUGAAAGGCAUAUUCAUUCACGAUCAAGUGCGAUGAGAGUCAAUGAGCUAAGGAAGGAGAACAAUAGAUUAAUUGGCGAGAGGAAUGGGAUAUUCAGAGAGAGACAUCAUAUGCUCAGUACGGUUGAUCAACUGGCGGAUAUGACUGCGCGACUUGACCAAUAUCUCAAGAUGACGAAGGAGGAGCUUAAUAAAAAGGUCGUAUACGAAGCGAUGAACGAUAUUGAAGAUGAGGAAGUUCAUAGACACUUGGACAUGUUAUGGAGGCAAUCAGCCCUCUCGGACGUAUUGGUAAGGAGCCCUUCAUACGACGAGUCCAUCAGUCGACAUGCCGAGAACCUUGUGAAAAACGCUUGGUGGGACGGAUGGGUGAGCCAACUCAAUUCUGAGGCGGAUCAUGGUACCAAAGAUUCCAGAAGCCAGACAGACUCGCGGGACUUGUUGUGGAGUCUUGUCAAUCGUGAUGUGGUGACCGAAAGACAAAGUCGAGGUGAAGAGAAGGGAACGUCUUUGAGAUCUUUGGGGGAGUACAAAGAUGGAGUACAUGCGUUAGAAGAUUGGAAUCCUGAUAGUUCCUUCCUGUGCGGUUUUGACAGAAAGGGAAAGAGUAGGGCUGAUGGAUAUGAGUAUUAA